CUCAGCUCGUCAGUAAAUUUCACUCUCGGUUCCCACGGCUGAUAGAAACCGAACAAUGAGCACGCCACAAGAACAACUGGAUGUGUUAGUAUCGGUGAAACAUGAAGACAAGAAUAUACUUCUAACUUAGAGUGCACAUUGUCCUAAAGGUGAUCAGUGUGACGGUCUUUCACCAUAAUAUAACCCAACUUGUUUAGGACAACUAUGGAUGGAGAAAUUAGCUCUCUACCAGAGGCCACAUUAACACAGUGGUCUUCUGUAGCCCGACAGUCUCUGUCACUUCCGCUUCACUUCGGUUCCGGUGAAGUCCCGCCAACGACCCCCACAUCCAGUACAAGCUGUAGUGAAAACAACUCUCCAACAGACUUGAACCAACAUCUUCCGGAAAAGCCCCCUUUAGUGAAAACCGUAGAUCUAACCAACGAUGAAUCUGAUGAUAACAGUAACGAUUUUUUUGUUGAGAGGAGAGAUACCAAGUACUCUCUUCCGCCUAAGCGUGUUCACAACAGAAAAUUUCAAUCGAGUUUUAUGUUGAAUGAGACUGAGAGCUGUAUUAAAAAAACAAGUAAGAACCGUGAGUUCGUAAAUGAAGCUCUCGACAUGCAGUUCCAUCUACCGGAAAAUCAUAGCACUAUGACUAAUCUUCACUGCCUACCUCCUUGUGAUUCCAAUAUUACUUCACCAAGCAAUACCAUAACGUUAAAAAAUCUACCACAGCUGCGUUCUCUUUCAGAAGGCUCUCUUGAUCAAGGAUUUACAACCCAGAUGAUAACCAGGAAUGAUGGUUGGUCACCACCACCACCACCAGAAAGGCACGACUCACUGGAGCCCACUACGUCGGAAGAAAGGGGCCUUCGUGAAGCAGCUUGGUUUCAGGCAGGGAUUCCUAGGGAAAUAGUUCUUGAAGUUAUUGCCAAUGAGCCGGUUGGAUCAUUUUUAGUGCGAAAAAGUACAAGUAAACCUGGAUGUUACGCUCUCUCUCUGCGUGUACCGUUAACUUUCCAACCCACUGGAAUCGCUCAUUACCUUAUCUUGAAAACCAUUCGUGGAUAUAAAAUAAAGGGCUUUACAAAAGAGUUUUCCACUCUUUCGGCCUUAAUCACCCAUCAUUCAGUUAUGCCUGAACUUUUACCAUGUCCGCUCAGAAUAUCGCGGCACAGCCCCAUCUGGCAUCGGCUAAACUACCAUGAGGAACUUGUGGACAUUGAUCAGGAUCCUUCUUUCAACUUGACUGACUUCAGAAGAACGUUAGCGGACCUAAAUGUGUGAAAUCAAUGCAAUUUGUGAUUGAGAAGAUAACUUGUUUCGUCUUAACAAUUUCAUCCAGUUUUCAGCUGGGAUAAUUAAAAACAUAAAUAAAAUUAAAGGCGACGUUUCGCCUGACAUCAUCUGAUAGAUUUCCGCAAAACAAACAAUUUCACCAUGUUGCCAUAUCAGUUAUUAUCCAGUUGCGCAUAGUUUGCUUGUGCCCAACAUUGUAAACUCGCUAUAUUUGUACCAUAAUAAUAUAUUUUAAUACAAAAUUGUAUAGAACUGUUAAAAUAUUUAUUGGUGAGAAACAAUUGCACAAAUCGUACUAGUUAUUUAACAUUAAUGAUUUUUUGUUUUACAGGAGUAAGUUAUUCUAAAUUAUUAUAUUGGAAAUAGAUCAUUUCAAAAAAACUAAGUUCAUAAAUUCACCUCAUUAAUCUAUAACAUUGAAUAUCCCAGAUAUCUUGGUUAUGCUUUCAUAUCAUGAAAAUACAUAAACAUUAUGAUGUUGGACAAACUCACAAUAAUAACUCCACCAUCAAAGCUGCCAUCCAUCAUAUAUCAAUCGUAACAUUACCAACAGUCUAACUUUUCACAUGAAAAGUGUCUGCGCUGAGAAUAAUGAUUACAAAACAUAAUGAGACUCUGGAAGUAAAAAUACUCAUGUAAGAAAGAGGCUGUAAAAUUUCCGAAAUAAAAAAAAAAUUAUAAAGCUGACAAAAUUCCAUAUGUUUUGUCCCUCAACCAUACAAAUUUUAAACAAUAUAAUAGUUCCUCUGGUUAACAAAUAUUUCCAAAACCUGAAAAUACUUUACGACCCUUUAAACAAAUAUUUUCCUCUUCCUCAGCUCAGUACGCGUCUAAAUCAAAUGCUCUUAGAAUUUCCUGUUGUUUUCUUCUGAAAACCAAAAGCUUUAGAUAUAAUUUUGUUCCUGCAAAAAUCAAUUAAACCGUGCCACAGAAUACCUGUUCCCCUUGUAACUUAGCUGGAUGACAGACGUUAUCACCGCUACCGGAAAUUUCCCUGACUAACAAGAGAAAAACCAUUACAGCACAACAAAGCCAAUCUCUUUUCAACUUCAAACAUGAUAUAUCUUGUACAGUGAAAACAAUGCACUCAUCGGUAUGUUGAACAUACCCAAACUACCGCUAGAGGACGGUUCAAUAACCUCAAAUCCUCUGUCAAUACAUAUAUAGAUCUUGUAGCCUACGCUUCAACCAGCCUGACCACUCCACAAAUGACAUAGUUCUCGCUGGUAUUGAAACCGGGUCUAAAUCAAAUACCGACAGAAAAAUAGAACAGGCCUACAGGAUGAGUGUUUUGACGCUGUCAUCCUAUAUGGUAUGAACUUUGACCCCGGUUUUAAUUAUCUUCGCUCUUUAACCCAAAGUAUUUCUGGAAAAUCUUAGCAAAUUUUGUUUUGAAAUUAAUUUAUUUCUUAUCGUAGUAAUGACGUUUUUACUCUCAUUUCUUAAUUUAAAACAUUUUAAUCUCUGUAUUAUAAUUUUUUAUCUAAUAUCUCUUUGGUUGUGUUUAAUUAAGGCAAAGUUAUACAAUGGGCUGUCUGCGUUUUGCUUUACAUGGUUUUUAGUGCAUAAGCCAUCAAGCUUGCCAUUAGGGUUAUUUAAUGUCUAUUAUUUUUAUGUUCAAAUUGAUAAGUGUAUAAUUACUAGAUUUCAUUUCUUAAGGUUGUUCCAGUCCCUGUCUCAUUAAGUACUUUUGUGGAUCAAUCUCUCAAAUGUUCUGAACAUUUAAAAUAAAAUAAAGUUUACAUCCACUAUUGUCGGAACAAGAAGUUUACAUGGAAACAGGUUUCGACACUUUCCCGUGUCCUCUUCAGUCCAACUUUUCUUUAUGAGAAAAAUACAUACCGUUCUGAACAUUAUUUCUUACAUAAACACAUUUUCUUGUAAGUCGUGCUUAUUUCAAAAUUACUCUUUUUCUUUGCUUCCCACAACUUACACAUCACAUACACACAAUGCUAUUUCACAGUUGAUGUCAUAUUAUUAGGAGUUUGUGACAUCUCACUUCCGGUAUAACAACUAUAUAACUGAUCACCAUACAUACAGUGGAUAUCAAACAUUCACUCCUGAUGAAGGAAAAUCUACUUUCCAAAAGCACUCGAAUUAUCGGCUUUCUUUUCUGGUACUAACUUCUCUUCUGUUGACCUUACGCGCUUCUGAAUAUUAGGAGUGACGAUUUACUGUUAUUGUCGUAAAAAGCCUAAAAUUAAAAAAAUAUUUUCUCAUGGGUUUCAACGCAUGUUGUUUUUUUUCCCCCUAUUUUAAGAUACAUUAUGUAUAUAAUUACGAGUCUUUAUUAAUGCUGUUUCGUAGUAUUGUAUACUGUUAACUAAAACUUGUUUACAAAAUUCUGAUGUUGUUUCUCUACAAUAAUGCGUGAAUACUUUAAAAUGUUAACUCAUUUGGGCAUUUUAUAAUCCACAUUGCCGUAAAAGUUGUAUUGAAGAAGACUUAUAAUUCUCUUUUAUUAUUCGAAAUGUUUGUAUGUUAAUACAUUUUAAUAUUUCCUAAACUUUUCAGUCAUUUGUUCAAAUGUCGUAGCAAAGAAUUUCAAAUUUGCUUUUUUUGUCUUGUAAUACAAGAGGAAGCAAAAGUUGGUUAUCCACAAUCGAGUAACAACUAUAUCUCAUGUUUGUUUAUAUUCAAUUGAAUUGAAAACACGUGUUGUAUUGAGAGAUGAUAUUUAUCUUGUUGAGCUAAUAAAAGUACAACAUAAACAAGAAAACUAUGGAUACUUAACUUACUAAGGUAAAGAAAGUACAACAGAGACAAUAAAACUAUGGAUACUUAACUUGCUGAGGUAAGGAAAGUAAC